UGAUUCCUUCCUCUAGUGUCAGCGUAUAACCCCGUUAAACCUUCGGCUACUGAAUGAGGGUUUAGGGUUUUUUAUUAAAAAAAAAUUAGGGUUUAUGGUACUGAGUCUAACAGAAAAAGAAAGAAUUGAAGAUUCAUUGAUAUUCAUAAUAUAAGAAAUUAAGAAGAGUUUCUGUUAGCAGCCACAAACAUAACAAUGAGCAAUAACAGGAGAAUAAGUUUGGUAGCAGGUUCAUAUGAGAGAUUCAUAUGGGGUUUCACUCUCAAUCCCAAUAAACAAACCCUAACCCCUCUUUUCUCUUACCCUUCCCAUCUCUCACUAAUCAAAACCGUCGCCGUCUCUAACUCUGUCGUUGCUUCCGGUGGCUCCGACGACACAAUCCAUCUCUACAAUCUCUCCGCCUCUUCCUCCCUCGGUUCUCUCAACCAACACUCCGCCACUGUUACAGCCCUCUCAUUCUACGCACCUCCUCACCUUCCCUUCCCUCGCAAUCUCGUCUCCGCCGACGCCGAUGGCAACCUCGCGAUUUUCGAUGCCGACGGCUUCGUCCACCUCAAUACGCUUUCUGUUCACCGUAAAGCUGUUAAUGAUCUUGCUAUUCAUCCUUCCGGCAAGCUCGCACUCACUGUAUCGCAUGAUAAUUGCUUUGCUAUGGUUAACCUCGUCCGCGGCCGUAGGAGCUUCUGUUGCCGCCUCGAUAAGGAAGCUUCCAUUGUUCGUUUUGACGCUUCCGGAGACUCUUUUUAUAUGGCCGCUGAUGAGACGGUCUCUGUUCACCAGGCUGAAGAUGCUCGCUUGUUGUUGGAAUUGCAAUGCCCUAAACGUGUUCUCUGCGCCGCACCUGCUAGGAAUGGACUUCUCUAUACAGGCGGUGAAGACCGAAAUAUCACAGCAUGGGACAUAAAAAGUGGAAAAGCUGCAUAUUGCAUAGAAGAGGCCCAUGCUGCCCGUGUAAAAGGUAUUGUUGUGCUCAGUGAUGAGGCUACAGGGGAUGAUGAACCAUACCUAGUGGCAUCUGCAUCAUCUGAUGGGACUAUUCGCGUAUGGGAUGUUCGAAUGGCUGCCACAGAGAAGCCAAAUCCACUGGCUGAGUGUAAGACACAGUCAAGGUUGACGUGCCUUGCUGGAUCGUGUCUUAAAUCUGCCAAACAACCCCAAGCUGGAAAAAGUAAUACAAAAGUUGAAGAUAAAAAUCAAAUGGUGAUAGAUCAAUAGCUUUCUAGAGGGCAUGCUUGAGAAAAUCAUUUUGCUGUUUGAUCAUCGUGGCUUUAACUUUUGGAGGGUUCAAUUAGCAUCACAUUGUAUCGAGUAGAUUAUAGCCGUGUACCCAUAGUUGAUUCUAUUUAUCGGUUGCAGCAGCUCGCACGCACACAGCUACACACAACUGCUAUCUGUUGGAUUGAGACAUAUCAUAAUGUUACUCUUGUAUAUCUGCACUUCGUGCUAGCAAUUCUAUGUGAUGGUCUAUUAUUAUAUAUUUCUGCAGAAGUCUUCUAGAAAGUUGAGACAGAAAGGUUCACUUACUAUUAUUUUUUUCAUCUUUUAGAAUAUUUUAGUUUUCAUUUGAUAUAUUAUAUAUGAAAACUUUCCAUGUAAUGUGGAAAUCAUUUUGAUUUUUUGGGUUC